UGCCGCAAAUUUAUAUUUGGGAUUUUGGUUCUGAUUGUGCUUUAAAGCAAGAACAAAAGUACUUAAAUUAUCAAAUUAUUGGAAGGCGUCGGUGGUACAAUAUUUCAAACUAUAAAAAAUCCAGCGAGAUAAUGCCUGAUAAAACAGCGAUGAAAUAUAUACAAAAUAUACCUUAAAUGGAAUUGAAGCUUUAUACCAUCGAGUGUCCGAUAUAAAUUUAAAUCACACACUGUUAAAUUAGAGGUCUGUGAUCCAAAAUAUUAAUAGAGUUAGAUCGAUCUCUGGUCCUAAACAAUUUGUUCUGUAAUAGUCUGGGGUUAUAUUUAUUUUUGUAAUGUUUUUCAAAUACUUUAGGUACAAUAUUUUUGAGUGAAAUAAUUAUUUAAUGACUACGUUUAUUAAUUUAUGAAUAAGCAAUCAGUGUACAACAAUAGUUAUCAAUGUAAAGUUUUUCUUAAAUGCUAUAAAUAGAUAAAUAGAUAAAUCAAGACUGAUCAUGGAAUAUCCCACAAAAAUAGGAGAUUGGAUGCAAAUAUGUAUACUUGGUUCUGGUGCCUUUGGUGACGUUAUGUUGUGGACAAACAAAACUACUGAGGAAUCUGUAGCAAUAAAAAAAUGUAAAUUUCAAACAGCUUCGGCAUUAUCAGACAAGCAAAAAGAAAGAUGGCAUAAAGAAGUGGAUUUUAUGAAGUCCAUUAAUCAUUUAAACAUAAUCAAAUUUAAAAGCCUUCCUCAUGAUUUGGAAACUAUCCUGCUAAAGUAUAAUCCUACAAGACUGCCCCUUUUAUCUAUGGAAUAUUGUACUAAAGGAAAUUUGAGGAGAUACAUGCUUAAUGAGCCCAUUAGGCUAUGUGGACUUCCAGAGUCAGAUGUUCGAGCUGUUCUCAGGGAUAUUUCUAGUGGUCUGAGUUACCUACACAGCAAUAAAAUAACCCAUCGUGAUAUCAAACCUGAAAAUAUUGUUUUGCAACACUGUGAUAACCGUAAAACUAAUAUUGUCUACAAAAUAAUAGACCUAGGGUAUGCCAAAGAGCUUCAAGAUACUGUAGUUAGUUUUGUAGGUACACUGCAUUAUUUGGCUCCUGAAAUUUUCAGAAAUAAACCAUAUGAUCAUACUGUGGAUUACUGGUCAAUGGGUUUGCUUGUAUUUGAAAUUAUUUGUGGUCUUUUGCCAUUCCUGCCUGAGUUGAAUCCAUUUGAGAGGUAUGAAAAGAUACGCGACAAAGGCCCAGAUGACAUCUGUAUAUAUAUGCAAUAUUCAGGAGCAUUGGCAAAUUCAUCUGAGAUAAAAAAGGAAAACUUUAUAACAUCAUGUCUUAAACAAAACAUUGAAACAUGGUUGAAGCGAGUACUCCAAUUUGAUCCAUCUAAAAGGUGUUUCUCCUCAUUGGACAUCUUCGAGUACCUACAUUUCAUUCUCGACAAAAGAAUAAUCAAAGUUUUCUCUGUAUAUAAACUCGAGUUCUAUUCUUAUGAAAUAAAUGAUGGCACAUUAUUAGGAACCCUAAAAGACUGGAUAUCAAGGGACAUUAAGAUACCAAAAAAGGAUUUACUUGUGUUGUUUAAAAAUGAGCCCAUGUUUUGCCAUGAUGACGAUGCCAUAUUACAUGAAUUGGUAACUGAAGAUACAGUUUUUGUAUUUAAAAAAGGUGCAUUGAUAAGUGACAGCAUCAGCUUCACAGUUCCAAAGCUGGUGCAACAAGUGCUUCAAAUCUCAGUGUCAUUCCAGUUGAGACAUGUAAGAAAUUUGUUCAGGCAGGCAUUGUUUUUCAUUUAUUCAGAAAAAUUGGCUGUGGAGAUGUUACAUACUGGUUUUGAAUUGUAUGUAAAAUAUUUGGGUGUGAUUGUCGAGCGGGUGGGACAGGAACAGAAAAUUGCCCACUUAAAAUUAGCUGCUCUGUUAAGACACAUAGAAUCUAUCACAAACAAUAAAAUAUGUGAUGUAGAAUUAAAUGACAAUAAAGAAGCCAUAGAGUGUCUGGUUCAUUUAAAGAGAGUUUUAUCCAGCCUGGAAAGAAGCAAAAAUAAGUAUAUAGAGUUUUUGAAAGAAUCGAGCAUUCUGACACGUUUAUGGGCCGAGGUCCUCGACUUGCAGGAAGAUUUGGAAGAUUGCUUCAGAGUAUGCCUCAUUUCCGAACAAUAUUCGAAAAUAAGCAGUAAAAAUUUUUUGGAAAUGAAGAACAACGAAACCAGCAAAGAAAUGCUGAAUCGGAUCGCCAAAGUUAUAUCGGACACUAUAAAACUAAAAACGAAAUUUAUUCAUAAAAACGAGAAACUUAAAAAUUGCGGGAGAGACUUUGGUAUUUUGUCGGCUUUUGGGGAGGAAUUGAUUAACUGGAUUCAGGAUUAUGUUAUUCAUAUUGACCAUCUAUCCAGUGUAUUCGAACAAACUUAUUUGAGAUAUCGACAACUUGUAGAGAAGGAAAAUACGAAAAUAGAGAAUUGUUGUGAUUUGGAAGAAGGCAAUUGCUUGAUCGAAGAAAAUAAAGAUAUUCGAUUCAAGUUUGAGGAUAUUUUAUCUAAAAGUGUCCUGGCUCACAAAAACUAUAUUAAAGAUUGCCUUGGUCCUUUAGGUUAAGUACCUAUUUUCAAUGCAUUAGUAUUCCAAAGAUAAGGUUCUCCAAAAUUAGUUUUUUUUCCUUGUUUUUUCAUGUUGCAUGUGCAAUCAGCAUUGUUUUUUUUAGUAACAUUUUAUUGCAAAGGUGAAUGGAAAAAUUUAUGAUGAAUGUUCGGCCAUCCAUUAUUUUAUUGUUGCUUCGUUUUAGUA